AUGUCUUUCCAAGACGAAGCUCAGUGCGACGUGCCGCGCCUCUCGGAGAAGCACUCCGGCAUCCCGGAUUUCCUCCUUGAGAAGGCCCGCGCGGCCAAGGCGGGAAUCUUCGAGACGAGGACCAAGCAGAAGACAGCAAGGAGUCGUCUCCCUGCUCUCCCCCCUGGCGUUGAAGAGAAGAUCUUCAACGACGCCAUCGACGAGCUUAGCAAGGAGCUGGGUGCCGAUAACGUCGAGAAGAACGACAAGCCGCUGAGGGACGGAUGGUAUAUGGAUCAUCCGAAUACCCAUGAUCUAAUGACUGUCCUGGACGAGGAAGAGCUCGUGCCGUCCGCAAUCGUCUACCCCAGCAGCACCGAAGAGGUCCAGACAAUUGUCCGGUGGGCGAACAAAUACCUGAUACCUAUCUCCCCCAUUUCGAUGGGCCGAAACUUUGGAUAUGGCGGCGCGGCGCCGAGAGUGCGGGGAUCCGUCCUCAUAGAUCUUGGCAGGCGUAUGAACAAGAUCCUCGACAUAAGCCCGGAGGACUACACGUGCCUCAUCGAGCCCGGCGUCUCGUUCUUCGCCCUGUACGAAGAGAUCAAGGCGAAGGGAUAUGACCACCUCUGGGUCGACGUGCCAGAUGUCGGAGGCGGCUCUAUCAUAGGGAACACGGUAGACCGAGGUGUUGGCUACACCCCGUACGGCGACCAUUGGGCGUGCCAUGCCGGUUUGGAAGUUGUUCUCCCGACCGGAGAGGUCAUCCGGACCGGCAUGGGUGCCCUCCCGGGUAAUAAUACCUGGCAGACGUUCCCCUACGGAUUUGGCCCUUACUCUGAUGGAAUAUUCUCUCAGUCCAACUUUGGAAUCGUCACGAAGAUGGGCCUGACGUUGAUGCCGAAUCCGGGCGGGUUCGAGAGCUUCAUGUAUACCUUCCAGAAAGAAGAAGAUCUCCAUCAGCUGAUCGAGAUCAUCCGGCCCCUCCGGAUCAGCAACAUCCUUGAGAACGUCGCGCAGCUGCGCCACGUCACGCAGUCCAUCGCAGCGCGCGGGCGGCCGCGGACGGAUUUCUACAAGGGCGAGGGCGUCAUCCCGAAAGACGUGGUCCACAAGGCGGCGGCCGAGUUCCCCGUCGGCGACCACUCGUGGGCGUACUACGGCAUGUCGUACGGCCCGGCGCACAUCCGGCAGCACAAGCUGGCCAUCAUCGACGCCGAGUUCAAGCGCGUGCCGGGGGCGCGGCGCGUCGACCCGGCGACGCUGCCGGCGGACGAGUACUUCUGGUCGCGGGACCGGGUCGCGGCGGGCAUCCCCGAGAUCGACGAGCUGCGGUGGGUCAACUGGAUGCCGAACGGGGCGCACAUCGCGUUCUCGCCCGUGAGCCCGAUCCGGGGCGCGGACGCGACGAAGCUGUUCGAGCUGGCGCGGCGGCGGCACGACGAGUUCGGCAUCGACCUGUUCCCGGCCUUCUGCGUCGGGCUGCGCGAGAUGCACCUCAUUGUCGAGCUCGUGUUCGACCGCGCGAACGCGGCGCAGCGCAAGGCCGUCAUGGACUGCCUGCGCUGCCUCAUCGACGACGCCGCCGCCUGCGGCUACGGCGAGUACCGCACCCACCUCGUGCUCAUGGACCAGGUCGCCGGCACGUACAACUGGAACGACGGCGCGCUCAUCAAGUUCCACGAGAAGCUCAAGGACGCGCUCGACCCCAACGGCAUCAUGGCCCCCGGCCGCUGCGGCAUCUGGCCCAAGCAGUACAGGAACCGCGGCUGGGAGAUGACCAAGGAGAGCGGUGAGAACUCGCAGGGGGACGGCGUCGCACCACCUGAGAAGAAAUAA